CAACUUGCUGGCACGUUCUGCGGUUCACCGCAUCAAUGUCGGCAAGACCAGUUCUCUCCGAAAAAAACCAGACAGCUCGGUUACUAUGUUUAAGCUCACCGUUUGUCUGCUGCUCUGCACGGCUGUCUUCAGCGUGGAAGUGCAAGACUACUUCGAAAACUGCGUGCGUAGUUCGGGAAACCACUUCGUGCCGAACAAAUGCAUAAUGGUAACUAAGAAAGACCUCCGGACCAAGAAAGCGGAGUACAGAAUGUACGCUGUGGGUGCUCUGCGGAAGCACCAUGAGUUGGACAAGAAAUAUUCGGACACAGUCUACAACGUAACACGUGCUGCAUUGAAGUACCCACGGCAUGCUGAUGAAGGGUGCACCCUUCGGUUGGAGUUCUUGACCGCGCCUGGUGACUGCAAAAACUCGAAUUACUACUUCCCUAAUAUGUGUCCACCAGCGAACGACAAGAUAACCGGGGUAUGCCAAGCACAACUCUUCCUGUACGGCACCGUCUAUCUAGUCGAGCGUUCAUGGUGCGAGCAUGUCAACGAACGUUGUCGGUCGCAUAAAAAAGACGGUCACCUUAAAUUAUUUUCUAUGCAAAGUUUUGAGAGGAAAUCUUGGAUAUGAGUGUAGACCGCACACUCUCCAGCGAUAACGAGGCGCGGCUGGCCAUCAUGUGAAGCCCGACUCCUCAUCUGUGACACCCUGAAGCGCGCAUGCGCCAGGCGAGAGCCGCAGACAUGACAAAUAAAGUUUCAAAAAUGUA